AAGAAAUGUGUGUGAGUAAAUGAGCAGUGUGUGAGCUAUAAAGAGCUUAUUUCAUUACCUCAACACCUUCCUCCUCUGCCUUAUAACCUUCUUCUAUCCUCUUCAACUUUUUUUUCUGGUUUUAGAGAGAGAAAGAUGGGAAAUUGUCAAGCCAUUGAUGCAGCAACACUAGUGAUACAACACCCAAAUGGGAAAGUAGAGAAAUUGUACUGUCCUGUUAGUGCUAGUGAGAUAAUGAAAACUAACCCAGGUCACUAUGUUGCUCUACUCAUCUCCACCACUUUGUGUCCCACAAAACCAACAACUGACAAGAAUACUACUACUAGUACCACCACAACCACCACCGGCGCCGGAACCGGGACCGGCGGUAACGGCUCUGUCAGGUUGACACGCAUUAAACUUCUCAGGCCAACUGAUACUCUUGCUCUUGGUCAAGUUUAUAGACUCAUCACAACUCAAGAGGUUAUGAAAGGAUUAUGGGCAAAGAAACAAGCGAAGUUGAAGAGAAACUUAAGCCAGUCAGAUGGAGAUAUGAGAGUAGAGAUUGUUGGUAGAGAAAAACCAGGUUCAGUGCCAAUGGAGAAGAACAAUCAGGUAAUAAAACAUGAGAGACACCGACCAAGAUCAGCAUCAUCAGGAACAGCCUCUGCUAUUGCCAGCAAGCCAAGAACAUGGCAACCCUCAUUGCAUAGCAUCUCAGAAGGAGGAACUCCAAGCCUACAGAUGAGAAGAAACCAAACAACCCCUUCUUCUUCUUCUUCUUCCUCUUCAAAUAGUUGAAUUGUUAAAAAAGGACGAAUAAUUUUAGUGUCGUUUUAUCAAUCCAAGGAAGAGACUGUCAUGGCAGAUAUUUGCAGGAGAACACAGAAAGAGUACUUGAGUACUUAUACUGAGUGAGUGAGUGAGUGAGAGAGAGAGAGAGAGAUAUGAAGAGGGUCUUAAAAACUCUGUGUUGUUGAUGAGGUUGCAGAUCUGAGUGUGAGUUGAAUAGUUAAUUGUGCAUAGGAAAGAGUGUCAUUCAGUUUCCAAAACUAAAAUAUGAACAAAAAAGACUGAAAUCAACACUAUACUACUGGCUUUCAUCUCA